AUGGAUGAUAUUGCACCUUUGGCUCCAGCCAGCACUUCCUAUCGUCGCGUGUUUGUUGUCUUGGUCACUCUUGUUUUGCUGCUAAAGCAACUCCAAGGCAUUCAAAAGUCGUCAGUAGGUUUCAGCUACAACAAUAAUAAUGUGGAAUACAAGGCCAUUAACAACCUUGUCCUCAAUAUCUCUCUUAAAGACGAUUCAAGGAAUGCAACAGUGACAACAUCCGAGUCUAAUGACACCUCCCCUCCUAAUUGGAAAAAGUCAGACGAACAAGUAGAAGAAUCGACAGUUUCAUUCAAGACUACUUCAGUUGCAGCAACCUUACAGCCCAGCAGCACCAACAUUUCUAUAAAUCAUAAUGAUCUAUUGCCAGCAUGCCAAAUUCGAGUGUCCAAUAUGCUCUUGGCUCAUUACGAAGUCAUUGAAUCCGUGGCCAAACUCAUGCCCUACGAAUAUCUCCAACCCAAUUUAUUGCCAGGCAAUACUACCACUACUACUACUACUGAUACUAAUAAUAGCAUUACCUGCAAUCCGCGCAACCUAAAUUUUGAAUUUGAUGUCAAGUCGGAUGGGAGUGUGAGGCCCAAAUCCUGGCUCGCCGAUUUCAAUCAACGGGUUUCCAACACGUCCAUUGUGGACCAUGCCACUGGCAUUCAACGAUCCUUUGGUCAAGCGGUACAAACCAAGUUUGUGGUUCAAGAAAAUUGGGAUAUUACCAUUCAAGCCAGUUGUCCAUGCAAUGAGAUUACCCAGUCUUGGUUGCUCGAUACUUCUAGUAAAGAUGCUCCUCACAUUUGCAUUCAUCACGGCUUGUGCAAGUGGACCAGGGGCCUCCCAAAUGCCAUCUACAUGUCUCCGCACCACGAACGAUACUUUGUUCCUUCAGCCUUGCCUCGUAUGGUGAAAGCGCCCAAUAAGCCUACUAUGCACACCCAGAAUAAGAAAUUGGAGAUUUGCACCAUUGGUUCGAUUGGUCGACGCAAAUGGGAUUUCUUUACUCCCUUUUUUCAGAAUUCAACCAAUGCCAAGUUUUGGCCAAAGAUUCGGAUACGAAUGUUGGGAAGGGGACACAUGCCACCGUUAAUGGCCCAAUACAAAAACAAGACGGAAAUCAAAUGCAAACAAUUGAAUGACGAUCGCAAGUUUUAUGCCUUUGUGAUGGCCUGUGAUAUACUGAUACUGCCCAUUGACAAGGAGGGAGGCUACAAGAAUUAUUUCAAGAGUCCUCCCGAUUCCGAGUGGAAACUAUCGGGAACAAUUCCUCCCAUCAUUGCCUAUCAGAAAUCCUUCUUGUUGCCCCAAGAAUUGGUCGAGCUGUAUCAGAACGAGCUCCCGAUGCAUCUUCCUCAUGGAGGCUAUGACGAUGAAUCCGACAUGUCGUUUGCAGAAGCAUUGAGUCUUUUACUCGAGGAGAUGCUACCACGAUAA